AUGCUACAAUUUAGAACACCACUCACAAGAUUGACUCCAAUGGCGAGAUUGGCCACUAGAAGUGCCGUUAGAAUGGCUUCAACAAAGACCAUGACAGUUAGAGAGGCCUUGAACUCUGCUUUGGCUGAGGAAUUAGAUCGUGAUGACGAUGUUUUUAUCAUUGGUGAAGAAGUUGCUCAAUACAAUGGUGCUUACAAAGUUACCAAGGGACUUUUAGAUAGAUUUGGUGAACGCCGUGUUGUCGAUACUCCAAUUACUGAGUAUGGUUUUGCCGGUUUGGCUGUUGGUGCAGCUUUGAAGGGCCUAAAGCCAAUUGUUGAAUUCAUGUCAUUCAACUUCUCCAUGCAAGCCAUUGACCAUGUCGUUAACUCGGCAGCAAAGACACAUUAUAUGUCUGGUGGUACCCAAAAAUGUCAAAUCGUGUUCAGAGGGCCUAAUGGUUCUGCUGUAGGUGUUGCUGCACAACAUUCUCAAGAUUACUCUGCUUGGUAUGGUUCUAUUCCAGGUUUAAAGGUUCUUGUGCCUUACUCUGCUGAAGAUGCAAGAGGUUUGUUGAAAGCUGCAAUCAGAGAUCCAAACCCUGUUGUUUUCCUUGAAAACGAAUUGCUAUACGGUGAGCAAUUCGAAGUUUCUGAGGAAGCACUAUCACCUGAUUUCACUUUGCCAUACACUGCAAAAGUUGAAAAAGAAGGUAAAGACAUAUCUAUUAUCACCUACACAAGAAACACCGAAUUCUCUCUUGCAGCAGCCAAGAUUUUGGAAGAAAAAUACGGUGUAUCCGCUGAAGUUAUAAACUUGCGUUCCAUCAGACCUUUGGACAUCGAUGCCAUUGUCAAGACAGUCAAGAAGACUAACCAUUUGAUAACCGUGGAGUCUACUUUCCCAUCCUUUGGUGUUGGUGCAGAGAUUAUCGCCCAAGUUAUGGAAUCUGAGGCCUUCGACUACUUAGAUGCUCCAAUUCAAAGAGUCACCGGUGCUGAUGUCCCAACCCCAUAUGCUAAGGAGCUAGAAGAUUUUGCAUUCCCAGACCCAGAAACUAUUGUUAGAGCUGCCAAGGAAGUUCUAUCCAUUGAGUAA